UGCCUCCUUGAACUGAGGAAAGCUCUGACAGUGCCUUGUGCCUUAGCAUAGUUCCUCAUCCUCAGUGUGAUGUAGAGUAGCACCUCUUACCAGGCCCCUUGGAACAGAGACACCCCCAGCCACCCGGACCCUGACGGCGGGCCCCCUGUCCAUGGCCCCGUGGCCCUCUGUGUCCUGACAUGCCAGGCAGCAGCAGCAGCAGCACACGCGCAGCCCCAGCAGCCCAGCCAUGGAGCAGCAAGCCUGGAUACUGAGGGGCUUCCUGGCUCAAGUGGAGAGCAAGGAGGCUGAGGAGGAGGAAGCAGAGAGUGGCUUCACCGGGGAGUUCUCUAGGCUCAAACGCCAGUCCACCAAGUACCGCACUGACAAAACGUACCCCACAAAGGUAGCAGAGACUCAGGAGAAUGUGAAGAAGAACCGAUACAAGGACAUUGUUCCCUUUGACCACAGCAGAGUGAAGCUGACCCUUACCACCUCCAAGAAUGACAAUGACUACAUCAAUGCCAGCUUCAUCAAGGGAGUGUCAGGGUCCAGGGCCUACAUUGCCACUCAGGGCCCUCUGCCCCACACCGUGCUGGACUUCUGGAGGAUGCUCUGGGAGUACAACAUAGAGGUCAUAGUGAUGGCUUGCAGGGAGUAUGAGAUGGGCAGGAAAAAGUGUGAGCGCUACUGGCCGGAGAAACAAGAGGAGCCAUUUGUGUGUGGCCCGUUUACUAUUUACUGCGACUCAGAGGAGAGUAAAGGGGACUAUGUGAGCAGAAACUUGAGGGUGACCUAUCGUAAUUGGUGCCGGACCCUGAGACAGCUGCACUAUAUCAACUGGCCCGACCAUGGGGUCCCUGACACCAUCCCACCCAUCCUGGAGCUGCUGCAGGAGAUGAGGUCCUACCAGGCCCAUGGGGACGUGCCCAUCUGCAUACACUGCAGUGCUGGCUGUGGAAGAACAGGAGCACUGUGUGCCAUCGACUACACCUGGAACCUGGUGAAAACACAGCGGCUCAAAGAAGACUUCAGCAUCUAUGACCUGGUUCAGGACAUGAGAACACAGAGGCCCUCUGUGGUUCAGACCAAGGAACAGUAUGAGCUAGUGUACAGAACCAUCAAGUUCCUGUUUGAGAAGUAUCUGCUGUCCAUGGCACCAGCACCGCCUUCCUGCACAGAGGAGGUGCCAGUGGCCCCCUCACCCCCUACACCCAGUGACAGUGAGCUCUCUGACCUCAGCGAGGCGUCUGAAGCUGAACAGGAACCAGAACCUGUGCCCCAGCAUCAAAUAGAACCACAGACAGAGCACAGGCACUCAGAGAGGGAGGAGCCUGAUGGGAUAUCCAAUCACGUCUUACCAGUGGCCUUCUCUGCCUCAGCAGCGGUGCAUGAUGGUGACCCACUGUCUGACGCAGCUACGCGCUCCCCCUCAGCCAUCCUCAAUGCCCUGAGAGCAAGGGACAGGCAGAGGGAACAGCAGAGACCAAAUUCCCUACCAACACAGACUGUUAACCAGAAACCACAACCUCUACAGACACAGCCUAAUAACAGGCCCAUCGACCAGAGACCACCAUACCCACUACCGACAAAGCCUGAUAACCUGCCCACCUGCCAGGACCUGAGACAAGAGCCCAGCCUCAGCAUCCCCAUCAUAACCCCUCAGGCACUCAGGACUCAGGAAUUCUGUCAGAGAGCCAUGGAGCAAAAGAAGGUGGAGAGGGAUGUAGAGAUCAACCGACUGGUACCACCAGUGCUCUCUGCGGUCUCCAUCUCCAACACCCUCUGUCUCACCGUGGAGGACCCCUACUUUGGACCUGACUCUUCACUGACCUCACCCCUGGCUUCUGAGGCUCCCAGAGGGGCUGAUAAUGAGGAGGAGCUGGCUCCACUGAGCAAGUUGACAGAGAACCCCUAUUUCAAUGGGUCAAGUAUGACCCUUAACGGCCAGCCGAUGGAGCUGCCAGCCCUUGUCAUCACCAACGCUGCCCCAGGUGUGGUUGUAGCUUCCUCGGAUGAAGACAGUCCACCUCUAUUACCGGAGCGAACCCCUGAAUCAUAUGUACUGGCUGCUGGAACAGAGCGUCCUGAUAACAUCUCUAAACCUGAGAGGUUAGAGGUCAUCAUCCCUCCUAAUGCUGCAGCUGAAGCCCUCAGGGGGAACGGGAGUCCCCCCUCGCCUAUCCCCCCACUGCCAGAGAGAACGCCAGAGUCCUUUGUGUUGGCCAACGAUGCCGGUAGGAGCACUCCUGUCUUCCCUUCCCUCUCAGUCCCCGUGGAGAUGGUAGGCCAGAAGUCAGAAGAGAAAGAGUGGUCUGGACAUUCAGUGGACACUCCUGCUCUGGUGGAGAAGAGAUCUCGGAUGAGGAGCAAAAGCUUAAAAGUAAAAAUGACAACACUCUCAGGAUCACCCCCGGUUACAGUGCCACCACCCAUUACAGUGCUUCCCCCAGUUAGAUAUUCUGUACCUGCUCCCUGUACAUCAGUAAACCUUCCUCCUCCCCCUCCACCUCCCUAUCCUCUGGCCCCUCCUCUCACACCUCCAGGCUCAGAGAGUCUGACUUCCCCUCUACCUGAGAGAACCCCAGAAUCCUUCAUCCUGGUCACUCAAGAAGUUGCAGUUGAUCAGAACAGCGCCCCCUGCCUGCAGAGUCAGAGCAGCAGCCAGACCACAACCACACAUCAGAGGAUCGGUACGUCCUCAGAGUGGGCAGGGAACUCCCAACCCAUAGGAUUCCUGGAUGGAAUCAUGAAUCGGAGCAAGAGUGUCCGUGUAAAGAGUUCACUGCAAGAGCCCCUGACUACUGUUCCUCUGGUUGCUCCAGCCGUUGUGGCCAUGACUGAAGGAGGAAGUGCUGAAAUGAAGCUUCAGCAGCCUGUGGACAACAGCACCUCAACCAUCACUGGGACUACAGAAGACAAAUCAGACAAGAACAGUGGGAAGGCCAUGUCUAGAACAAAGAGCCUGAAGUUAUUCAAACUCAGACAGAAACCAAAGUCUGCCCCUCCACCAGUACCAACCCACUCUGGACCACCUCCUCCUUAUGGUACCUCUGCCUCAUCAUCAGUGUUCACUUUUGGAUUUGGGACUCGUUUUGGGAAGCCUAAAGGGCCAAGGAGUCAACCUGAGACGUGGGUGUAAGACAACCAGUCAACAAAGCUGGACAUGUCUGGCCACUGUCCUCAGAUCACAUGGCUGGAACCCUGCAUGUGGCUACUAGCUACUGGCCACUCAACUGGACUAGGGAUGGUCCCUAGAGGACUUUUGACAGUGUGAAGGAAGAGCAUCAUUCCAAGAAGACAUGGGGAAUUAUGUAGCAAGACUUUCUCCCUGUGUUCUGAAACGACAUUAACACUGUCACGGCCCAGUGAUCAACCUCGGAUUAGCUUUGUAUUGGAGCACCUGCAAUUCAUGACAAAUUGAUUGUACUGUAGUUAUUUAUCCGUGCCUGAAGGGAGAACUUGUGCCUUUGAAAUGUGGUGGAAGGAUGCAAUCAAAUGUAGGCAAAGGAUGGAUGGAUGGAUGAGUUGAUAAAUCUUAGAGGGCUACUUUUGUCUAUUUUGCCUGAUAAAUACUGUAAGGUACUUUGAAUUGUUGGUAACACGCUACUUGAUACAUGCUACCAAAUAGUUUUAUAUGCUGAUGUUAAUUUUUUAUUGUUUGUAUAGGCUCCUUCUGAUCCAGACAAAAUCUAGAUCUACACCUACCCUGUACAGAGUGAAUAUUACCCACCGUGAUGGGACUAACUAUUUUUAAGAUAAAUAUAUACCGGUAAUAUUUUUCAUGGUGGUGUGGGAUAAGCAUACAGGCCGGUACUGUGCAUACAUCAUGUUCAUUGUUGUAAGUUGAUGGAUGUGUUUUCUAUAUGGGCUUUAAUAGCAAAGAAAAUAGAGAUUGCUCUAAAUUUACCCAUUUUUGAAGAUCACUGUUUUCUUCUCUAUAAUGCUUACAAAAGUCAUGUCACUCAGAUAAUUCAUACAUAAUGCACACAUACAAUUAUUUAUUUUGAAAAAUACAAGAAACGUUUGAAUUGCAUUUUGUUUUCUACUCAAUUCACAUGAUUGAUCACACUUUUAAUAACAUAAUUAUAUCAAAUGUAACUUGUUUUACCCCAAAAUGUUUUUUUCUAAAUAUUUUUUUGUUUAUAUCAUUAAUUAAAAUACAAACAUCAACAACAGUAAUUAUUUGUAUUAAAACUACACAUUACAUUUACAUUUCAGUAAUUUAGCAGACGCUCUUAUCCACAGCGACUUACAGUUAGUGAGUGCAUACAUUUUUCAUACUGGCCCCCCGUGUAGCAGGCCUUGGUCAUCAGGCAGACUACACAUUAGAAUUUGACAAAAGUCAGAAGAAACAGGAGCUAGCUGCCAAUUUAUUUCAGUACCUAUUUGAGAACCAUCUGUUUAACAAAUUGCAAUAACUAGCCAUUCGACUUUUCAGAAAAACUGCAUGUUUGAGAAAGACUUAAAAUACAUGAAAGGCAUGGUUCUGAAUGACCAAUGUUCAUUCCAAAGGUAAUUAUAUCUUCAUACUGUUCUUUUUACUUAUUUAACCAACCUGAUAGAAGCCUUCUAUUCCACAGGUUCCACAUCUGGAAAUCAUGGAGCAUAAGGAAGCAAUGUAUAGUCUGUGUUAUUAUAGACUUAUAGGCCUACAAACAAAUCACAGUUUCAAAUGGGCAGAAUUGUCAAGGAACUAAAAUGCUAGCUAAACCCUAAUCUGCAUCCUAGGGAAUGCAUCAGUUGUACUGACAGACCUUUAAGGAACAACUAGUCGAGAGGCCAGUAUCCUUCACUCGACCUGGGCUUCCGAGGCUAGGGAACACCCAGCUCUCCCUUACAUAGACUUCUUUUUCAGCAUAGUUACCACCAGACAGACAAGUGCAAAAACAAGAAAACUUACAUAAAACAACACUACACAAUAGUGGUCACUACAUUGCACUCAGAUUUCACCUACCACAAAGUGUACCCAUUACAGUACCUUUUCAUCAAAACAUUGAGCGAAAAAUUGUAUGACAAAGUGCA